AUGGCGUCGUCGAAGCAGUUCAAGGAGGAGAGAGCUGAGGCAGAAGCGAGGAAAGCCGCGCUUGAUCUGAAAGAUGGGAACAGAGAAAGAGAGUACGAAACAGCUGGGGUGAAGAUGGACAGGGACAUGUACGGCCAGCCAAGAGAGCCAUCCCAUGUGCAACAAGAAGCGAAGCCUGGUGUUAUUGGGUCUGUUUUUAGGGCUGUGACCGGCACAUUGGAGCAUGCAAAGGACGCUGUUGUGGGCAAAAGCCAUGACACUUCUGAUGCAGGGAGUGAGUAUGCGGAUUACACUUCGCAGAAGGCGAAGGAGGCCAAGGAUGCCGCGGCGGAGAAGGCUAAGCAGACGAAAGACUAUGUUGCCGAGACCGCAAGUGAGGCUACGGAGAAGGCGAAAGAGACAAAGGAUGCUGCGAUGAGGAAGGCUAAGGAGUACACGGAUUACACUGCUCAGAAGGCCAAGGAAGCCAAGGAUACCACAGUAGGGAAGGCUAAAGGGUACACCAAUUAUGGGGCCGAGAAGGCAGAGGAGGCCAAGGACACUACAGUGGGGAAGGCCGGUGAGUACACGAACUAUGCUGCCGAGAAGGCAAAGGGGGCCAAGGACACUACGGUGGGGAAGGCGGAGGAGUACAAGAAUUACACCGCAGAAAAGGCAAAGGAGACUGCGGAGGCAACCAAAGUAAAGGCAAAAGAGACUGCGGAGGCAGCCAAAGACAAGACUAAAGAGACAGCGGAGUAUACAGCUGAGAAAGCAAAAGAAGGGAAGGACACUACUGUGAGCAAGUUGGGUGGGCUCAUGAAUUACUUGACUGGUAAGAAAGAAGAAACCAAACAGAAGGCUGCAGAGACGGCUGGGACUGUCAAAGAGAACACUAAACAGGUGGCUGAGGCGGCGAGGGAGAAGACUGAAGAGACUGCCGAGGCAACCAAACAGAAGACCAAAGAGGCAACUGAAAAAACCAAGGAGACGUUGGGUGAGACCAAGGAGGAAGCUAGGAGAAAGAUGGAGGAGCUGAGGCUAAGGGAGAAAGGUUAUGAAGCGAGAGCUGGAGACAUGGACCGUGAUGACGACCGCGAGAUUGAGGCAGCUAAGGGUACUGCAGCCAAGGGCACUGCAGCAAAGAGCAACAUUUUUAGCUCACUUGGGAGUGUGAGUGAUGCCAUCAAGAGCAAGCUGACUCAUCCAACCAAUGUGGUGGAGGAGUCACGUGCUGCACGUGAGGAGGGGAGUACGGGGAGGACCAAGACUCCUGCUAUGGUAGAGGUACCUGUGGAGAAGGUGGAGAUUGGCAUCAGGGACACGCGCCCGGGGGCUGUGGCCGCGGCACUUAAGAAGUCUGACCAGAUGUUUGGUCAAACUUUCAACGAUCCUGGUAGUAUGGGAGAUGAGGGCAAGGUGGUUAUGGAGCGGCGCGUGGUAGACGAAGCCGGAAAUGUGCGUGUGGACCGCAGUGGCAAGAUGUGA